GCCAACACCAAAAUUCUUCAGUAAACAGAAGGCAUUCAUGGGAAAUGGUUGUGGUGGAUUUUAUAAAACCCGCUAGUACAUCUUAAAUCGAUCGUUUGCUUUAAGUAGAAUAUUAGCAGUUUGAGAUUCCAACAUUUACUGCUACUGCAUGUGAUUAGUGCACGGUAUAUUUUUAACAAGAAUUCGUUGCAGAUACACCACAACGUUUGAGGCAAUUGGCUUUUUUGAAUUUAAUUAAAUUUUUUAGGAAAUUCUGCAAACACAUAGUGAAGUGAAAAUAACAGUUAAAAUAAUAAUCUUAAUAUAAAAAUUAAAUAAAUUUAACAUAUAAAAUUUGUGCUAUUAAAAUACUAAAACUCAAAAGGUGAUACAUUGCCGCAUUAAAUCGUUCUUCAGAAUAAAUGGCCAACAUUAAACAGCGCGAAGGAUCAAAAGCUGUAUCUGAAACACUUAUUGAAGAAGGCGAUGAAGCAGCUAAUUUCGAAAUUGACAAUUCAACAGCCGAAGUUGUCGUUCCUCCUGAUAGUGGUUGGGCAUGGGUAGUAAUGAUAGCAUCAUUUCUUUGUUGUACUGUAGUAGAUGGCAUUGUUUUUUGUUCAGGACUUAUACAGGAUUAUAUUUUAAAAGAUUUUGAUGUAUCUAAAGGAUAUGUUGCCUUUGUCUCCUCUUUGUUAAGCGGUUGCUACCUAAUGGCUGGUCCAUUUGUAAGUGCUUUAGCAAAUCGAUUUGGUUUUCGUCCAGUCACUAUAGCUGGAUCAUUAUUUGCUGCAUUUUGUUUUGGAUUAUCUUACUAUGCGACAAGUGUUGAAUAUCUUUUUUUAACUUAUGGUGUACUUGGAGGAAUUGGUUUUUGUAUGGUUUACAUUCCAUCGGUUGUAAUUAUUGGAUUUUAUUUUGAAAAAUGGCGUGCGUUGGCAACUGGUGUGGCUUUAUGUGGUUCGGGUGUCGGUACAUUUAUAUUUGCACCACUUACAAAUAGUUUAUUAGAAAAUUAUGGUUGGAAAAAUACUCUUGCAAUUCAAGGUUGUAUUAUCGUAAGCUGUGCCAUUUUUGGGAUAGCUUUUAGACCUAUUCAACCAAUAAGACUUGCAGUAACUGAUAGUUCCAUAGAAAAUGUAGAGAAAAAAAAUAAUGGUCAUGGGAACACUGUUGCUCCUCGAUCUCCAUUUCAUGCAAAUGCUUUCAGUAAGCCAUUACCAGAAGGACGCUUUGCAUAUUCAAUGCCAAAUUCAGCACAUAAUACUUACAUGGGUAACUCUCCAAAACAUCAUUAUCCUACUGCUGCAGAAGUUUUUCGUGGUACCAAUUUAGAGCGACGAUUAUCAAGCAAUUCGACUAAAGGGACAGAACUAAAAACUUUAAGAAAAUCACAGCCGACGACACCAAACGGAGAGCAACAAUUUAACUUCAAUCUGAAUAAAGAACUUUCCACUGUUGGGGAAAAUGAAGAAGAGACUGAAAACGAGAAUCUUCUUGUAACCGAAACUAAACCUACAAUAGUUCAGGCACGUCGUCAUACUGUAUCUGGCCGUCGACCAAAUGAAAUUAACAGAAAAAAUGUAUCAGGAUCACAUGAUACAGUUCAUAAUACAUCGCGGCCAAUGUAUCGGGACGAUAUAUUUUUUACAGGAUCUUUAACAAGAAUUCCCCAGUACCAAUCACAAACCUCACUCGCAUAUCAUAUGUCAGUAACAAGAUUACCAACAAAACAAGAUAUGCUUGAAGAGAGGCAGAAAGGAUGUCAUCUUUGUCCUGAAGCUGUGCGUCGUACACUUUCUACAAUGCUUGAUACUUCACUAUUAAAAUCGCCUUCCUUUAUGCUUCUAUCAUUUAGUGGAUUUUUAACAAUGAUGGGAUUUUUUGUGCCAUUCACGUUUUUAGUACGUCGUGCUAAAGAUGCAAAUAUGGAUGAAGAAGCUGCUUUGAGGGUUGUCUCAGGAAUAGGUCUUAUUAAUACUAUUGCUAGGAUAAUUUGUGGCACUUUGAGUUCAUUUCCAAGCGUUAAACCCUUAUGGCUAAAUAAUGUUGCUAUUACCGCUGGCGGCUUAGCGACUAUGCUUAGUGGUAUCGUCAUCAAUAGUGCAACGCAAUGGACAUUUGCUGUAUUCUUUGGUAUAUGCAUUGCUUGUUUUUCUGCCUUACGUUCUUUGAUUGCUGUCGAAAUGAUUGGUUUAGAAAAACUUACAAAUGCUUUCGGAUUUCUAAUGUUAUUUCAAGGUGUUGCCGCAACUAUUGGUAGUCCUAUCGCAGGCGCACUGUACGACAACACUGGAAGUUACGAUGUUUCGUUUUAUUUUGCCGGCGGUCUCAUUUUGCUCUCAGCCUUCUUAUGUUAUCCAUUAACUUACGUUUCAAAAUGGGAAAAAGCCCGUAACGAGAAAAAGCUUUCACAAACUGUUCCUACCGCUUAAGUCGGGGAAGUUAAAAAAUAGUUCGAAAUUACAUAUAUAGUUCAGUCAUAUCUUGCUGUGUAUAUUGUAUCAUAAUAUUUUAAACAUAUUGAUUUUUAGCAAACGUUUAAAGAAUAAUUUUAAGUUCAAUAAUUAAAGAAAAAAAUUCAUUUUUGGGACUUUUCAGUAUAAAAUAUUGUCAUUAUCUAAAAUGUGUGCCGUUUGUUAUAUAUGUGUAUAUAUGUAAAUAACUUAUUAACAAAAUUUUUAACAAAGUUGUUUGCAUAUUAUAUCUACCCAUUUCUAAUCAUACUAUCUUAAGUAACCAUAUUGUUUUUAUUAAAAAUUUUCGACCUUAAUUUUGUAUUUUGAAACAAAUUACUUUAACAAAAAGUGAUUAAGUAAAUUAGUUUAUAAAAAUAUAAAAUAUGAGAUUUUAUAUGUUUGUCCAUAAAGACGUAAAACUAAUAGAAAUGUAUGUCAAUUAAAAACAGAUUACAGCUAUUAUUCAAAUUAUUUCAUAAACAAAUGUAAUUGUUUGAUAAAUAAUAUAG